AUGACUGAUGUAAAGGAAAUCGCAUCUAAACUUCAUGAUGUGAUUUUCUAUUUUGCAAGGCGAUCUGCGAAUCGCGCUGCUCAUGCGAUAGCUAGGCAAGCCGUUUCUGUGCCAGAUUGCGAGGAGUGGAAUGACCACCCUCCUUUGUUUCUUGAUAUGGCACAACUUGAACCAGGUCCCAUUUGUCAUUCUGUUCUUACUCAGCAAAAGCCUCACAGAUCUACUAAAGUUUGGAAAGAAUCUCAUCGCAUGAAUGAGCCCUUAAGGUGUUGUAGAUAUGACAGCUCUUUUUGGGAUGCAAAACUACAAUCAGAUGAUAGAAUUAUGACUUACAUUCGACUGGCUGGCUUUUAUGGGGUGUCAAGAUUGGGAUUUAUAAUGUUAGAUUGGCCUCUAAUCACUGCAAUGGUGGAUAGGUGGCGACCUGAAACCCAUUGUUUCCAGCUCCCUUUCGGGGAAGUCACGAUCACAUUGCAGGAUGUUGAGAUGCUCUUAGGACUACGAGUUGAUGGCUUGGCCGUGACGGGCAGUUUCCCCCAACGAACUAGUGAAGAGUGGUGUGACACAUGCCAUGAUCUCCUCGGUGUUAGGCCGGAAAAAGAAGCAAUUCCUGGGGCCUCUCGUUUGGUCAUUACUUGUUUGCAGAACCCGAUACCUCUGACUGAGCAUUCCACAGACGAAGAAGUGCAACGUAUGGCCCGACUGCGUAUCAUGCAGUUACUAGGUGGAAUGUUGUUCCCCACCACAUCAAACAACAUGGUAAAGUUAUGUUUCUUAGACCAUAUUGCCGAUUUAAAGGGUGCUAGUGAAUACAGUUGGGGCAGUGCUGUCCUUGCCUACUUGUAUCGAAGUAUGUGUAAGGCAACAACGAAAAGUGCAAGUAUAAUUGGUGGAGCCCUCAUUCUUCUUCAACUUUGGGUUUGGGAGCAUAUUGCAUUAUUCUCCCCAAAAAUGUUGUCAUUUCCUCUAGACUUAGCAGAUCGACCUAGGGGUGCCAGGUGGUCUGGUGAACGAUGUUUUGAUGAUGUAGCCAAUCAUGUCUUGAAAGCAUACAGAGAUCAACUUGACCAUAUGACUUGUGAUCAGGUAGUAUUUGAGAAAAGAAACUAA